AAAUAUAACUCUUUUGUUUGGUGUAGGUGGCGGCAGUGUCGAUUUGACCUACAUAAGAGUUUGUUGUGGUUGAUAGUGGCUUCAAUCGAGUGCUAGCCGUAAAUCAAACCUCGUUAGCGAAAGCUGUAAGGAUUUUCAACAUUUUCGCCUUCUCAUAGCCCGAAGACUUCCUUCACUCAAAGUGAACAAUGGCCCGUACUAAGCAGACCGCCCGUAAGUCGACCGGAGGCAAGGCGCCUCGCAAGCAGCUGGCCACGAAGGCCGCGCGCAAGAGCGCCCCUUCCACGGGCGGAGUGAAGAAGCCCCAUCGUUACAGGCCCGGUACCGUGGCCCUUCGUGAAAUCCGUCGUUACCAGAAGUCGACGGAACUGCUCAUCCGCAAACUGCCCUUUCAACGACUCGUCCGUGAGAUUGCUCAAGACUUCAAGACGGACCUCCGUUUCCAGAGUGCUGCCAUUGGUGCACUGCAGGAGGCCAGUGAAGCGUACCUGGUGGGUCUGUUUGAGGACACCAACCUGUGCGCUAUCCACGCCAAGCGCGUGACCAUCAUGCCGAAGGACAUCCAGCUGGCCAGACGGAUCCGCGGGGAGCGUGCGUAGACGCUGCCAUCCCCGGCCCCUGCGUGCACCCCCUCUCCCCCCUCUUCCACCGUUGUCUGUCGGUCGUCGUCCGCUUCACUUCCGCCGCACAUCAUCAUCGUUCGCCGUGGUGUCGUCCAAAAAGAAGCGUUCCUUUGCGUGCAUUUUUUUUAUUUUAUGCAUAAUCUCCCUCCUUCACGGUGAAAGUCCAGUUCUUUUCUGUUCGAAGCUCUCGCAUUCUCAAUUUUUUUUUUCUCUUGCCGAGGGUGUAUUGCGUGGUGUGUUUUGGUGCGUUGAAGGCGAACCUUGACGUCGGUGCGGGCGUGAGUCGGGCAUCGGCUCUCGCGUUUUGUUUUGACGGCUGGGCAGGUUCAACAUUUGGUGCUUUUUUUUUUUUCUCUUGAGAAAUUGGGUUUGACAAUGGAAGCGUCUUUACGAUUGUUUACUCACGUUUCGGCCGCCUUCAUAUCCCGGCUCGAGAUUUGUCCAGCGACAACCGUGUACUUAAAGAGACGUCCCGCUUUGCACAACCCGGGUCCAUCUUUGGCCGGAAUCGAUUGGCACGCUUGGCAUUCUGUAGGAAAACUUCCACACAUUAAAAGAACUUUUAAAAAAAAAUUUCAUUGCCCUCGGUGUAUGAAAUACCACUGCCAGAAAUAGGCUGUGUGUGCAGCUUUUCGUUUUUCUUUGCCCCUCUGACUUGUGCUGCGUAUUCCCUUCCCUCAUCACAUACAUUGUGGUUGUCUCAAAGUGCGAGAGGGGCGUGUCUACAUCAUGUUUCUUUUUCCUCCCUACCUGCGUUUUUAAAUGUGUAUUGUACCUCCACCACAUCUCAAAUAGCCGUAGUUUCGUAAGCCAUGGUUUGUAGGCAAGAGUCUCUCCGAUUUGGUCUUAAGAAAAAGGAAUAAAGCAUUACAUUCCAAA